UACUUAGAGUCAUAACAGAGAGAAAACAGAGUGCAAAAAUGGGAGCUUCUCGUCUCAGAUUUUUUGCCCUAAUUUUCAUUCUGCUUCCAUUUUUGUUCCUCUUUGGAAUCUCUUAUGCUUCUUCGGAGCUCGUGAUCAAUAAAGCAGAGCGCAGGAUUGAUUUGACCUCCUCAAUUGUCAGAGUUUACACAACUUUAAAGGUUGAGAAUACAGGGCCUUCUUCUGCAUCAGAAGUUCUUCUUGCUUUUUCACCAGCCGAGACUGAACAUCUCUCAGUUAUUAAGGCAUCUUUUGUAGAAGGAAAACGAAAAAAGAAAACUUUCAGUCCUCUUCCUGUAAAUCCCACCAAAUUACCUAGUGCCCCAAAAGGCACGCAACUAUUCUCUCUGUCACUGUCCAAGCCAUUAAACAAUGGCGAAAGCAUAACUCUUGAAGUUCUUACCAUAUUUACUCAUUCACUUCAGCCUUUUCCUGUAGAGAUCUCUCAGUCUGAAUCACAAUUUGUCCAUUAUCGAGACAGUGCUGUAUUGCUCUCGCCUUAUGAGAUUAAAGAGCAGAUAACAUAUAUUAAAACUCCAAGCAAUAAGAUAGAAUCAUACACAAGAGUGGACCCUACAAAUGUGGUGGGCACCGAAUUGAAGUAUGGUCGUUUUAAUGACCGCCCCGCUUUUUCAUUUCUCCCCAUAAUGGUGCAUUUUGAGAACAAUCACCCUUUUGCAGUUGUUGAGGAACUCAUACGCAGAAUAGAAGUAUCACAUUGGGGAAGCGUUCAGGUAAAAGAGCAUUACAGACUGGUCCAUGCGGGGGCUCGACACAAGGGCGUUUUUUCAAGGGUGGAUUACCAAGCAAGACCAGCUUUCAGUGGUGUGUCAUCGUUGAAGCAUCUGUUGGCCAGAUUACCACCUCAUGUUCAUUCUGUUUACUACAGAGAUGAGAUUGGAAACAUUUCUUCAUCACACUUACGUGGUGAUUCUCAAAAGUCAGAACUUGAAAUACAACCAAGAUACCCAUUAUUUGGAGGAUGGAAGGCUCAUUUCAUCAUAGGUUACAGCCUGCCAUUGCAAGAUUUUCUCUUUGAGACGGAGGAAGGCAAACGCUACCUCAACUUCUCUUUUGGUUGCCCCUUUGUUGAGACAGUCGUCGACAAAUUGACAAUCAAAAUUGUGCUGCCUGAAGGAUCCAAAGUACCAACUGCUGAAGUCCCCUUUCUAGUGGAACAGGAUCAAGAGACAAGUUUUUCUUAUCUCGAUGUCAUUGGAAGACCUGUUGUAGUCCUGAAAGCUAAAAACAUUGUGCCCGAGCAUAAUGUCCCGUUUCAGGUUCACUACAAGUUCAACCGAAUAUUUAUGCUUGCAGAGCCAUUGAUGUUGGUCUCAGCUGUUUUCCUGUUUUUCGUGGCAUGCAUUGCAUAUCUUAACAUCGAUCUCUCUAUUGCAAGGCCAUCUUCCUUGCAAUCUUCAAAAGAAUAACUCCCAACAAGAUUAGGUGGGUGGGUGGGUGCAGAGAUAUCUUAUAGUGGUUUCCAAAUUUUUUAGGUGAACUAUCAGACGGGAACCAGUUUCUAGUAAAUUUUGAUUUUGAAAGAGAGAGAGAGAGAUUUGUGCCAUAGAUGUUUAUGAUCUCCAAUGCUAGAAAAUUCUUGGAGAGGCUUUUCUAUCAAAUAUGUUUAUGAACUCUAA